AUGAGCCAACAGAAAGACAAGCCUUCUUCAAGACUUCGGUCGAGUCCCAGAGAAAGAUCUGUUGAAUCCCAACCGGAAGGUGAUAAAAAUCUUGAAUCUCAACCUCAACUAGAAACUCAUUCUCAACCACCAUCAUCAUCAGCUUCAUCCAUAUUCUCGGUACGAUCUAAAGAAUCAAGGGAUACUGAUAAUUUAAGUCAAGGUGCUUCAGAUACUGGACAAGGAAGUCCCAAAAAAACUGGUUCAACUUUAAAGAAUUUGUCCAAAUUUUGGAAAUCUCAUAAAAAGCAUAAAUCAUUAGACGUAGUACCUCAAUCUCAAGUACAACCCAAAUCACAAAGAAGUAAUUUUGAAAAGAUAAGGAAUCAAUUUGAAUCUCAAAAUAACCCAAGUAGGAUAAUUGAAGAAGAUGAAAAUGUACAAAGUGGAAGAGAACGAUCUGAAUCAAAAUCAAAAUCAAAAUCUCCAAUCCCAGGUACUAGUACAGAUAUAAGGAAGAAAGAAGAUAUAUCACAUCUGGAAACAUCAGAAGAAAAUGUACGCAAGAAGACCCCAGAGCAAGAGACUGAUAAUCCCAAAGAAUCAUUAUCACCUAAAAAAUCACAAUCCAUUAGUGAUUCCUACAUUGAAGAGGUAUUAGGUAUUUCAUUAGAUCAAUGGCCAUAUUCAGAAGAGUUAUUAUUAUCAACUAUAGCAUUGAAAACUGAAAAGGAAAAGACUAAGAAACAACAUUUGAAAUUAACAUCAAUUCAAAGUUCGAUUGAUCUUAUAAAGUUAUCUGUUGCAACUGGUAUACCACCAAAUCAAAUACCAAAUGUUUUCGUUUCAAGUGAACAAACUAAAGAAUUGAUCAACAAGUUAACUCAGAAGAAAAUAGAACUUGAAGAAGUACCAUCUCAUACGGAAAAUGUCAAACCUCAUCAAUUUCAAUUUCAGACUUCACAAUCAAAGCAUUCUCGUUCAAAUUCUCAAUCAGGUAUUUCACAACCUUCUACACAAGCUAAUCAAUCCCAGGCACCACAAAAUCAACCUUCAUCUUCAUCAACUCAACCGAGUUCAAAAAAUGCCACCACUUCUGUUUUUAAAGUUAAUAUACCUCAACAAACACAAUUUCAGUUUCAUCAUUGGCAAAAACCAGGCGAAGGAGGAUCUUCAAAUACAACACAACAAGAAACUGAUAAAAAGAGAAAAUUAUCGACUGAUGAAGGUUCAACAUUACAUACAGCUAAACCUCAAACUCCAAAUAGAAAUGCAAAUGUUUCUUCACAUAGAAGAAAUCAAUCUGAAGCAAAUGUAUCACAACUAAGAACUAUGUUUGAAACACAAUCCACUCAACAGCAACAUCAACAACAAGGAUUUGGUCUUAAUCAAGGACAAUCCCAAACUCAACAGCAGGCACCACCUCAAUGGGGAUCAAGAGCCUUAGGUUCACCUUAUUAUCCACCUCGUGAGAGAAGACCUGUUUAUUAUCAAUUCCCUGCACCACCACCACCACCAAAUCAACAAACUAGUUAUCCACAGCAAGUUACACAUCAUCAACUACAACCUCAACAACAUCCCACCCCACCUGGACAACAACCGCAACAUCAACAAGUCUAUCAAAUACCCCAAAGUCAAGGCCAGCCUAUUCCUCAAUCUGCAUCUCAGCAGUAUACUUUCCCACCACAAGUUCAGUAUUAUCAACCAGUUCCACCACCACAAUUUGUAUUCCCACCAAAACCACCUCAACCAUCAUCAAUUCAAGGAACACCACAAAGAAUGGAACCAUCAACUCAUCAAGUCACAUUACAACCAUCAUCCACUGGUCAACCAUAUAGUGCACCAAGUACAAUUAAUCCUUUACAACAACAAAACCCAAUACAAUAUAGAGAAUCUUCAAGUGUUCAAGGCUCACCAAUUUCAAUGAAGAGAGGAAGUACAAGUAGUACAGGUGAUAAGGGGAAAAGUGAUGUUAAUUUUUUGAUUUCUACACCAAAUAAUCCGCCAAAACGGUAA